AUGGACAAAAACCAAAUACUAGAUGAUCUAAUAAGCUUGUAUACAGGCCCGCUGAUCGUUGUAAGGCCGUUUCCAAAGGCAACGGAAAAAAUCCUCAAAUGUGCAGGAUGCUCGCCACUAGAAAUUGUACAAAAUAUCAUUAAAAGACAUCCAAAGUCGUCAGCAUUCGCGUUUGAGGAUUUUAACGAGGUGGAAACACUGAAACAAAAUGAUCUGGUCCAAAGCCUCAUGGAUUCUCUUAAAAAAAAUGACCGAGAAGUGGGAAAAAAACUUGAAAACACAUUAGGAGAUAAGAAUGAAAAGUACUCAAAGUGGUUCCGAGAUUGGUGUAUCACAUUGGCUAAAAUUCUGAGAAUCAAAGCGAGUGAAAGGUUUGAAGCACCGCUCGAAAGAAACGGAGUCUUCAUUUUUGUGGAUAAUGAAGACGAUUUCAACCAACUGGAAGAAGUUAUGGAAAAAUACAGAGAUUUCCCAGUGACAAUAAUCUAUUUUUCACAAGGAGACUCAACAGAAUUUAGUCAAGUUAUCAGUAAAUAUAACGCACAGUAUUUGAUACUGCAGACCUUUGAGGACUUUAAUGACUACUCAAACCUGUUUGAAUUUGUGUCAAAAUUUAUUGAUUCAUGUUACCAAAACCUGGAAUCAAAUGUAAUAAACUUAAAUUCAGCAUUUAAAGGCAUAAAACUCAGUUCAAAGAUCAUAAAGUCACCAGAGCCUCAGAGGAAUUUACCGAACCUAUACAUGCUAAUGUGUGAUGAGCUUGGAACAAGAAAUGAAACUACAAUUAACAACGUGUCAAAGUCGACAUUGGAACAUGAAAUACAUGCACUAUCACAUCUAUUUUAUGGGAUUCACCUGUACAAUUGUAAAUUUAAAUCACAAAACUCACAAGAAAAGUACAAUACUUCAGAGGAUUCUGACAAAAGUGUGGAAGUUCCAAAUAUAAUAUCACACUUUGAUAAGGCCAUCUCAAUAUACAAUAAACAAGAAUGUCAAUGGGAGUCUUUCUUCACAAACACGUUGUCAGUUUUACUAGGAGAAUACGAAGAGUUCAACAAACUAUUAUCAAAUAACUAUAUUCUGCAGCCGUCCACACAAAAUGAGUUCGCAAGAUCAGCAAUUUUCAUAGAACUCAGCUCAAAUCUAUGUGUAAAGCAGAAAAAGAAAAUAUUCCAGCUAGUCAUGGCAGGAAGACUUUUUAGUCAGGCAGGACUGGAAAAUCUAAGUAAACGGUGUUACCUUUCAUGUCUUGAUGAGUAUGAAGACUGGUACAUAACACAUGAACACCUGUAUGGUCUUCUGGCAGCAUUUGAUGAUAACUUUCUAGUCAACUGCCUAAACAUACUGUCAAACGCUUACGAGAACAAGUACAUUAGUUAUAGUUCACAAGAAGAAUUGCAUUCCUCCUCAGACUCUGAACAAUCCGGUGAAGUCGACUUAGCGAGCUGGAAACAGGCGUCUGGAAACCAGAUUUAUUACCUGAAAAUUCUAAUGAAGAUCCAAAGCUUCAGCAUGAAGACUAAAUACCUUAAAAACACACCAAUAUCAGCUCCUUUUUUAAACUACCCAACCAUAUACUAUUCCCAUGACUUAAAAUUGCCACAAGUUGACUAUAAAACUCCGUUUCUGGUAAGAGUGCCCAUAGUAUACCUGAGAAAUAAUGGAGUUAACGGAACCAAUUUAAAGCUUUCAACAACAUAUGUGGAUGACUUGUACGAAAAGCUUCUGGAUAAUUCGUUCACUGACCCGCUUUGGCAAAAGUGUAUGAAGUUUUACAACAUCAAAGACCACACCAAGAAAACGUUUCUUCCACCAACUGAUAGAUCAAAUGGCUCUGACUACAUGAUUAACACAAAGCUGAAGUUGUCAUUGCAGUUGCUUAACCCACUAAACAUACCUAUCUAUUGCCAUAAUUUUAAAAUACUAGUGCAGGAAGUUGACAGCACAAAUCAAAAAAAGAACGACCCUGUUCAACAGUUUGAAAACAAAGUUGAAGAAAAUGAACAGAAGGUUUCUGAUUUGAAGUGGGUAGACUGUGAAAUUUUAGCAAAAGAUAAUGAGGAGGGAUUUAAACUUGGAGAAUUUGAAAAGAAAAGCCUGAUUCUGUCGUUUACAGCCUCAAACACAGGAUCUUUUAAAAUCGUUGGAUUGUGCUGGAACCUGUUUGGAGAAGUUGUAUUCUGGUCACCAGUAUAUACAGUUGGAAGGAAACGGGUGAAAGAAGUAUGUAAGAAAAUUAGCUUAACAGAAUUUAUAAAUCAGAGAGAAGUUGACAAGUCGCUGUAUUUUAAUGUUUUUAAGGACAUGCCACGUUUCAUAUACUAUUUCAGAAAAGUCUCAGACCUGACACUUCUGUCAAACACCGUUUUCUAUAAAAAGAGUGACGUUGAGACAUCAGAUUAUGAUAAUUUGCUACGAAAAUACAUAGAAAUGUAUAAGGAUGAUACUGUGAACAUGAAAUCAAGUGAAGUUGUAGAAAAUGAAAAUCUUUGCCUGUUUGAUUGUUUUAACGGCGAGUCGAGCCUGAUUGAGAUUUCACUUCAGAAUGUUAAGGAAACUCCAAUUAAGUCUUUAGUGUUGAGGUUUAAAGUGUUUGGAGCAUUCAGUAUUCCUCCAUAUCCAGUUUCUUACAAACUUACAACUCCGAAUAUUUCAAUUACCAGAUCCACAGACCCGUAUGACCUUGAAAGUGUAUUCAGCUCCAAAGAAAUUUUAGAAAGCGUAACAACAGUAAAACAUAAAUAUGACCCUGACAGAUUAACGAAAAUAAUCAAUUCAUCCUGGAGUGUUAUUAAUUUACCCAAUUUUAAGGUUAAGGAAAUAAGUUUAACUGAGAAGAUGUAUGAGGUUUGUAUGCAAUUUAAUGAUGACUCAAUUAAUCUUCAAAAGAAAACACUUUCAGUUUAUUUGUUUUUCCAACCACUAAUGGUGAUGGAUGGAAUUUCUCUAAUCAAUGGUUCAAUUUCCGUAUCACCUAAACAGGGAUUAGACCUUGUGGUUCCAUUCAAAUUGUUUUUUCGCUGUCUCAAGGGCCCAACAUUCAAUGCCCAUUUUAAUUACAAAGACGUCAUCAUGAUUAAGGCGACUAACAACUCUAAGGAAGAAAUUGUACAACUCAAGUUCAGUGUCAAUGACGAGCCUGUUAAAAGCACUAAUUCAGAGCUAUGUCCAAUCCCACCUAAAAACACCAUGAACUUUGCAAUACCUGUUGAAAACACACUCAGAUACUUAUCAGACCCAAAUAAUUUAUUAGCUCUGGAUACUUCUGAUCGCAUGAGGUUUAGUGUGUUUUGGGCUACUCCAUUGAGGUUUGGCCUAUUUAAUGGUAAUGUUGAGUUUCUGGAAUACAAGGUUCUGGUCAGCCUCACAGUUUCAAAAACUGAGCUAAAGUUGUCUGAUGAGCCUGUAAUUGUUAAUUUAGUUCUCACCGUUCACAACAUAUCUUCUGAAUCACUCGACUCUAUGUCAGUUUACCCUCUGAUUAAACACCAGGAAGAUUCUCUCAUCAGUUUCAUUGGUGUUACAAAGAACAGGGUUGACUCUAUAAACCCUGGUUCCUUCAAAUCCAUCGAGUUUACCAUUAUUAUUCCUGUUCCUGGCAUUUAUAACUUUUCUCCCCAGAAUUUCAAACUUGUCGGUCCUCUCGAACAAGAUGUAAUAUAUCAAGACAACAUUAACACGAUCAUCGUCUAUGACUAA